AUGGAGGAGACCACAGACGACGCCGCUAACUUCGACAUUGAACUUGCCAAGAUGCUCAUCACGACCAUUCUCAGUAUCAUCCUUUACGGAAGACAAGCCUUUCCGCAGAAAUGUUUUCAGGAGGUGUCGGAACGCGACUUGGACCAUCCACAGGCCACGCAUGAGCAGUUCCUCAGAUCUGGACAGCAACUUUCGUUCAAAGACGAUCCUCUCCACACCCUCGACCCUGACAGUCAAACGUUGGUGUACAUCAGAGAAUGUAACAAUCGUCGUCUGCACAGCUUGCUCACAGAUCUGGACCAAAUCUUCGCCGCCCUUGCGGAUCGACUCGUUGGCAAGAUUUACAUCUGCUUCACCGAUUCCAAGGAAUGGUCCAAAGACAGCCUGCUCGAGUGCUACACUCUCAAGUUCAGCUACACUGAACUGGGAGACUUCCACAUCUACAUGGACUGGGCUGGGACAGGUGACACGCCCUUGAAGGAAAAGAUUUCAGAGGAUGUCUUCAAGUCCUUGAAACAGGUGGUCAUUGGCAGCCCGCAGCUCCCGGAUCCUUUCUAUACGCACUUAUUCGUAUCCUCUGUGGACAACAAGACCAAGCUCGAAGGUGCUUGGGCUGGGAACGUCCAUGGCGUCAGAGAAGCACUCUUGCACUUCAAGGACAGGAAGGGGUCGAGCAGCGGUCGGGUUGGAAGAUUCAGUCUUGCCGCGCGCGACGACCCCAGAGCUGCCAGAAUUGUGCAGUUCAUCCGUCACGGCAUCAGCCAGUCCAGCCCCAAACUUGGCUGCAUCGCCAGCCAGGCCGAUAUCUGA